AUGGCCAACCGAGCACCCACUUUGGAUCCUCAUGUGUUCUCUAUCAGAGAUUUGAAGGAGCAUGGCAGUCGGAAACUGCCAAAGCUUUAUGAGGAGUAUUACAAUCAUGGUGCCAUGGACAUGCUGAGUUUGAGAGAUAACGAAGCUGCCUAUGACCGAUAUCGAAUAAUCCCGCGAGUGUUAAGAAAUGUUUCAAACCUAGACACGUCGACUACGAUUUGUGGCGUAAAAAUCGCACUUCCUCUUGGUUUUAGCCCUAGUGCAAUGCAGUGUAUGGCACAUCCGGAUGGCGAAAUCGGAACAUCUCGAGCAGCCGCCAAAUUUGGAAUCCCUAUGUGCCUAUCCUCGUACGCGACGACCUCGCUCGAGGAUGUUAUCCAGCAAUCGUCUGGAAACCCAUACAUGAUGCAGAUGUGUGUUGUCAAAGACCGCAACAUAACUUUCCAAUUACUUAAGCGUGCAGAGGCGGCUGGAUACAAGUCUCUUUUUCUCUCGGUCGAUGUGCCUGCUCUUGGACGAAGAUUGAACGAGAUGCGGAACGAGUUUGCGUUGCCCGAGAAUAUGACAUUCCCAAAUAUCUUAUCUGAGGGCGGACAAGAAUUCAACACGUCAGAGGAAGAGAAGGCCAAUGGACCAAAAGCUUUCGAUGACAGCUUGGAGUGGGAAGAAGUCAUCCCCUGGCUACGGAAAAAUACCAAGAUGCAAAUCUGGUUAAAGGGAGUCAUCAGCCCAUUGGACGUGGAGCUAGCCAUUGCUCAAGGCGUAGACGGCAUCGUCAUCUCCAACCACGGUGGUCGACAGCUCGACGGGGUGCCGGCGACACUUGAUGUCCUGGAGGAAUGCGCGAAAGCAGCCCAGGGAAGAAUCCCCCUUGCAAUCGAUGGAGGAAUCCGAAGGGGUUCCGACGUUUUCAAGGCUCUGGCUUUGGGUGCUAGUUAUUGCUUCAUGGGCAGGAUAGCAAUAUGGGGGCUUGCUUACAAGGGACAAGCUGGAGUUGAGUUGGCGCUAAAGAUUCUCCAGCACGAACUCCAGGUCACGAUGGCUCUUGCCGGAUGCAGAACUAUUUCCGAUAUCACCCGCGAGCAUGUGCGAAGAUUGGAGAACUCAGGCAUUUUGGCGAGAUUGUGA